CAACCGCCUAAAAGUGAAGAAACCUCUGAUCCUAUGGAAUCACAAACUUCUCUGCCGUUUUCCGCCGCUGACUCCCCGCCGCAGAAGCUCCGGCUGAUGUGCAGCUACGGUGGCAUCUUUAUCCAACGUCCACAAGGAACCCUUUGCUACGCCGGCGGAGAAACGCGGCUCGUCGGCGUGGAACGCCACAGCACCGCCGCGAGUCUGUCGGCUUUUACCGGCCACCUUUCUAAAACCCUAUUGAAUAACCGGCCUUUUCAGUUGAAGUACCAGCUCCCCGGCGAUGACGUCGACACCCUCGUCUCCGUCACCACCGACGAGGACCUGGAGAACAUGCUCGAAGAGCACGAGUGCUUUUUGUCUGCCGCGAUCGCUUCGCUUUCUUCUACUCGUAUCAGGUUGUUCUUGUUUCCCGUCCAGCCAAUGCAGCCGGUGUGGGGCUACGUUCUCGUGUACCCGAACGCCGAUUCUUGGUUUUCCGACGCCUUAAACUGUGCCGGAAUUGUUCAGACGGGUCAGCCUGUUGAUCCGGGUUUGGAGGUCCCGGCUUCGGAUAAUAUAGUACGGUCAGAUGAUGAUGGUAGUGUCGCUUCCGAGGCUCAAAUUUAG